AUGCUACGAACUCUGGUGCGGCGGAGCGCUGCCGCCGCCACCGAAAGGCCGCCCUUGACCAUCUACACGAACCCGUACCAAACGAAGAAGAUUUGGCCACCCGACUACAAGCAGCUUUCGUGGCAGGAUCAAUUGAAAUUUGAAAAGAAGUACAAGAGGAGGGUGAUUUUGGCGUCUAGGCGGCCAAAGUGGGACAAGGGAGUGAAGCUGGCGCAGCUUGCGACAACAGUCGGUGUGCUUUCGUGGCUCUUCUUCUUCGCCGAGCUGGAGUUCCAUGGAAAGAGAUACGUGCCCAACGAAGAGAUCAAGAAAGGUGUCGGUACGCUCUGGGGCAUCUUUGACGAAUCCAAUCGAUAUGGCGACCCGAACGCCGCGAACAUCCCCCAGCUAGUUAAUGACCGCUCCGAUCGACCGAGGUAG